GUGUACAAAAACAUACUUCACAUAGCAAACAGUUGGAAUCGCAUGAUGCGCGCAAACUAAAGCAACAGACUGAUGCUAGAUUAAGCACUUAAACUACAACAGCAUGGAAGAAACUGGGAAGCAACAGCACGAGAUAUUUCUUGAAUUGAGACAGCGUUUGGAAAGCGGCCUCUUGAUUUUAAGGAAGGAUGUCGCUCACAGCCCCACCGAGGUGAAGGUCUUCGGCAGCGACUCCUCCCUCCUCAUCCAGACCUCCCGUGGACUGUGGCGUGCCGAACUGCCACCACGGGUCAGCGUGGUGCCGGGCUCCUGCCAGCCCACCCCCACGGGCGAUGCAGGAGAGGGACUCCACUUCAGACUGCGCCUGAGAGUCGACCAGCAAACAGAGUCGCGGGGGAGUGUUAUUGAACGGAUACAGGUCCAGCAGAGUUAUGGCUUUUGUUGUCAGGCCUGCGGGAGUCGCAUCCUGGAGCAGAGGGUGUUCCAGCGGGUUCUUCCUCUCCCCGGCGGGAACUGGAACACGUUGGUGGGUGAGUGGUGCUGCCACCCGGAUCCCUUUGCCAACAGGAAGCUCCUCCCGCGAACGGAGGACUGCUUAACAGGGGACACCUACUUCCUGUUGGCGAGGGACAACAGCUGCAACCAGACGCUCACAGUUGAGCCCAACCCCACCUCUGCCCGCUCAGCUGCCAAUCACAGCCAGGACUCUGAAAAGCCCAGGCAUGUCCACCGUACCACUGUAAAAGAGGUUUCCUGUAAAAACUGCUCCUCCAUGCUCGGAGAGGCCCUCACAGGAGAUGCGUUGAAAUUCUACAUAACGGAGGUCAUGGAGAUUGAAAGUGAAGACUGUGAAACAAAAAGGGCAGGGAAUAGAUUAGAGUUUGUGGAGAAGACUCUGUCCGCCAGGCACAAGAACAUCUUUGUCUCUGGCUUUUUGAACACUGACACCCUGGUUGGCCUCGUUUCCCGAGAAUCCGGUAACCGGCAACGGCACACUCAUCUCUUCCUGGUGACAGUCGCUGUCCCGACGAGCAUCAAUCACGCUCGCAGUCAGUGCAGUCAAAGUCCUCUACCUCCCCUGCAGUUCCACAUCCACCAGGACAUUGUAAGUGCCUGGGAGAGGGAUAUCAGUGUUCAUAACCUGACCCUCCCUCACACCACCUGCCAGGAAGUGCUUCAGCUACUGAGCGCAUCCACUUCCUGUCUGCCUCCAUCGCUGCGCUGCAUGAACUCCUACCAGGUGGCCUUUAUGAGACGAUAAGGCCAU